GGAGCGCCGCGCGGCGGGGCGGCGGGCGUGGGCGCGGGGCGGCGGCGGCAGCGGGGCGGCGGCGGCAUGGCGGAGAGCGAGGCCGAGACCCCCAGCACCCCGGGCGAGUUCGAGAGCAAGUACUUCGAGUUCCACGGCGUGCGGCUGCCGCCCUUCUGCCGCGGGAAGAUGGAGGAGAUCGCCAACUUCCCGGUGCGGCCGAGCGACGUGUGGAUCGUCACCUACCCCAAGUCCGGCACAAGCUUGCUGCAGGAGGUGGUCUACCUGGUGAGCCAGGGCGCGGACCCCGAUGAGAUCGGCCUGAUGAACAUCGACGAGCAGCUCCCGGUCCUGGAGUACCCGCAGCCCGGCCUGGACAUCAUCAAGGAACUGACGUCACCCCGUCUCAUCAAAAGCCACCUCCCCUACCGCUUCCUGCCCUCCGACCUCCACAAUGGCGACUCCAAGGUCAUCUACAUGGCGCGGAACCCCAAGGACCUGGUGGUGUCCUACUACCAGUUCCACCGCUCCCUGCGCACCAUGAGCUACCGCGGCACCUUCCAGGAGUUCUGCCGGCGGUUCGUGAACGACAGGCUGGGCUACGGCUCCUGGUUCGAGCACGUGCAGGAGUUCUGGGAGCACCGCACGGACUCCAACGUGCUCUUCCUCAAGUAUGAAGACAUGCACCGGGACCUGGUGACGAUGGUGGAGCAGCUGGCCAGGUUCCUGGGGGUGUCCUGUGACAAGGCCCAGCUGGAGUCGCUGAUCGAGCACUGCCACCAGCUGGUGGACCAGUGCUGCAACGCCGAGGCCCUGCCAGUGGGCCGGGGGCGCGUGGGGCUGUGGAAGGACAUCUUCACCGUGUCCAUGAACGAGAAGUUCGACCUGGUGUACAAGCAGAAGAUGGGGAAGUGCGACCUCACGUUUGACUUUUAUUUAUAAGCGCAGCCCCGGCAACAGCCCUGCAUGCUCGCGGUCCCCAGACGCCACUAGCUACGGUCCCGUACACGCAUUCGCUACUCGCUGGACAAGCCCCGGCCGCGGUGUGGCCACGCGGGGAGGGGGGCGCGCAGGGGGUGGGAGGGGCCUACCGCCCGGAGCAGCUGUCCCGCCUUCGGAUCUGAAGUCUGUCCGUGUCUGAUACAAACAUUGUCAGGGUCGCCGUUCCGUUCCAACUGUGGCACCGUGAACACAAAGCCUGUAACAUAUGCAGCCAGACGCCAGCCUCUUACAGCCCGCAUUCCUGCCUGCAUUUUAUAGAGCUUCCCACUGGAGACCUGAACACGUGUCAGUACACACCAAACCAAAGUUCACUCCCGAGGGCGCUCGGGGGUGAGCCACACCGAACGGUAGACAGAUCUCAGGUUGCAGUUUAUUUUUGUAGUUUUCUCCUGUGAGGCAGCCAUUCAUUCUCACCUGGUCUGGGAGGAAGGUGAGGGCUCCAUGAGGCGGGGGCCGAGGGAGACUGUCCCGAUGGCGCGCAGUUCUCUGUCACCUGGAAAUGAGGCAGGAACUGCCCACCGGGCGUUCUCGGAGGGGAUGCCCGAGGCCAGAGACUCGCUGGGCGGAGCCAGCGGGACUCUGGGGGGAAGCCGGCCCCAGGCCGGCGAUGGGACAGUCCACCCGGAGACACUGGGAGUCCGAGUCUUUGUCACCGUCUUUCUCUUGUUCCUGAAGCAGAAGCCUCUGCUGGGGAAGCAGGUGCUCGCAGUGAGGUCCUGGGGCUCCCGGUCCUGAGCCUUCAGCUGGUUCCGCCCGCGGAGGCGCUCAGCCCUGGGGUGCCAUGUGGCAGGGUUAGCGCCCUGCUCUCACCCUGUCCCUGUCCCCGCACCUCCGUGUCCCUGGGGGAAGAGGGGUGGAGUCUGUACCCCUGUUCCUCCCUGUCUCUCCCCAUCACCUGGCCCACCUCUGGCUGGAGGAGCGGAGAGGCUGGGUGGCCUGUGGCUGGGAAGGGCCCUGAGAGGCGGCAGGGCCGCUGCUGGAGGAGCUGUCCUGUGUUGCGUCCCUGAAAGGUGUGUUUUACUGUGAAGGCGAGCGGCUGGGACCCGCAGGUGGCGCGUGGCGGUGCGUGUGGGCUCGGCGGCCCCUUUUCCGCGCAUCCGUGAGGGAGGCUGCUGUCUGUGAAGUUUCUUUUCUAUUUUUCUAUUUCAGUGCUGUAUGGACAUGAGACUUCUGUGCUUGCUUGCAUCUUUAAUAAAGACACGUCCCAGGC